AUGGGAUCGAAAAGCCCCGAAGGCCACCAGCAGACUCCUGAUGGCUCCAACUCCUCCGAGUUCAAGCCUGCCAAUCCCAACCCCAAGCCUUCCCGCAAUGGCUCCCAGUCAGCCGAUUUGGAUGGCGGAAAUCUCGGCGAUGACGAUGACGAUGACGGUGAAGCGAACGAAGAAGUGGAAGUGAAGACCUCCGCUGCUAGUGCUGACAAGAAAAAGAAACGCAAGAGGUCUAAGAAGAAGACCAAAAAAGCAAUCGUGCCACUCAAGCAGUCGAAUCCUCCCCGUGUGCUGGUUUCGACUCUCUUCCCAUCGGGAUAUCCCAUUGGGGAGUGCGUCCCUUACAAGGACGAUAAUACCUCUCGCACUACGGGCGAGGAACUGCGUUAUAACUCGCGUCUUUGGGAUAAAGGAUUUCUCGACGAGUACCGUCAAGCCGCCGAGAUCCAUCGUCAGGUUCGCCAGUACGCCCAGAAUGAGCUCAUCAAACCCGGCGCGAGUCUCACUACAAUUGCUGAGGGUAUUGAGGACGGGGUCCGCGCCUUGUCUGGCCAUCAGGGACUUGAACCCGGAGACGGUUUCAAGGCGGGAAUGGGGUUUCCUACUGGAUUGUGCUUGAACAAUGUUGCAGCCCAUUGGACGCCCAACCCUGGUGCCAAGGAUGUAUUUUUGGAUAAGGGUGAUGUGCUUAAAGUUGAUUUCGGCGUUCAUGUCAACGGCCGUAUCGUCGACUCGGCUUUCACUGUGGCUUUCGACCACACGUACGACAACCUACUGACGGCUGUAAAGGAGGCGACAAAUACUGGCAUCAUGCAUGCUGGCAUUGACGCCCGAGUGAGUGAAAUCGGCGCGGCGAUCCAGGAAGUCAUGGAAAGCUACGAGGUCGAAAUCGCCGGAAAGACCCACCCUGUGAAAGCCAUCCGGAAUAUUACCGGGCAUGAUAUCCUUCAGUAUAAUAUUCAUGGUGGCAAACAGGUCCCGUUCAUCAAGAACAACAGGCCGGACAAGAUGGAGGAGGGUGAAGUCUUCGCCAUCGAAACAUUUGGAAGUACCGGCAGAGGCGUUCUUCACGAUGAUGUGGGCGUCUAUGGCUACGGAAGAAAUACUGAUGUCUCCGGUGCAAACCUGCGUCUUUCCUCUGCCAAGAAUCUUCUCAAGACUAUCGACGCCAACUUCGGAAGCCUUGUCUUCUGUCGUCGCUACCUUGAGCGUCUCGGGGUGGAGAAAUACCAUCUCGGGAUGAGACAUUUGAUCGACAAUGGGAUUGUCGAAUAUUACGAGCCGCUUGUUGAUGUGAAGGGUUCAUACACGGCUCAGUUUGAACACACUAUCCUGCUCCACAGUGGUGGAAAGGAAGUGAUUAGUCGUGGUGAUGACUACUAA